UCCGCAGAGUUAGAAGGCGAGCUGGUAGUUUCCUAACCGUCUUUUUAACGGUCCUCUAAAGCUUUAACCUUGUCAGUGACUCUCAGAGAGGAGUUUUCUUUACGUUUACUUCCAUUUCUGUACACUUUCCCUUCCAGAAAGUUACAGAUUUAGUUUAUGGAAGUGGAACCUCGUGUGUUUUACGUUUGGGAGAGGAAAAAGAGAAGCUGGAGGUGGGCAUGAGAGAAACGUCGACCGACUCGCUUGGUUUUACAAUGGCGCGGUGAUCCUCAGCUAAGGAGUCCGAUCAAAAACUAGCACCUUUAUUUUGUUUAUCAGACACAAUGGCGAAAAGCGGCGGGGAGAAAGGGAAGCUAGACUUGUUGGAGGACAGUCGGACUGACUCUGGUAUCGACUCUGGUAUCGACUCGUUCAGAUCUUUUACCAGAGACGAUCAGUACAACAGCGGUAACGUUAUGUCUACAGGUUCUGUGGUCGGAGAGCAGGAGAAGCUGAGCGUGGUGGAGGAGCGGCUGGACUCGGCCUAUGGAUCCUCCUCGAUCACCUCGAUCACGGUAGACAGUCUGGGAGAAAUCAUAGACAAAUGCAGCAUUUCAGAACCGUCGAGCGCAGAGGGGAGUUCUGAAUACACCGAGGAGGAAGUAAACCUAUUAGCAACUGUCACAGAAGAUGGAGACACAAUUCUCCACUUGGCCAUUAUCCAUGAAUUGAAGCCGUUUGCACAUGAGUUGAUAAGCCUGUUCCCAAAAGAGGUCCUGGACAUUCAGAAUAACUUGUAUCAGACGCCAAUGCACCUGGCUGUGUACCUGAACCAGCCCGAUGUGGUGAAGGCCCUGGUGGAGAACGGGGCAUGCCUGGAGCUACAGGACCAGGAUGGAAACACCCCGCUGCAUGUGGCCUGUGAGCAUGGCAGACUAGAGUGUGCCAAUGACAUGAUCCUGGAUAUUUAUAACUCCAAACUGGCCCAAGUGUUUGAGACACAGAACUGGAGAGGUCUCUCUUGCCUCCAUGUUGCCACACUGCACAAACAGCACCGCCUCAUGAGGCUCCUGAUAAAGAAAGGCGCAGAUCUGAACAUCCAGGAAGGUACGAGUGGGAAGACAGCGCUACACAUCGCGGUGGAGCUGCAUGAUGUGGAAGCAGUGACUCUGCUGCUGAACAGGGGCGCUAAUGUGGAUGCUGCAAUGCUGAACGGCUGCACCGCUCUUCACCUGGCUGUCGGCCGGCAGGAUGCCACCAUCACCACCCGUCUGUGCCAAGCAGGAGCCGACAAAAUGAUCCGGAACAUGGAGGACGAGACGGCGCUGGACCUUGCAGAUGGCAAUGAUGAUAUACUUGCACUGUUCCCGUUUGAUGACAUUCAGAUCAUGGGCAGAACUGUUGGUGUGAACUUCUGAGACCUUUUUCGGACGGAUGGGAGAAUUAGUGUGUUCAGUAGAGUAGACUCCAGUAAACAAACUAACUAUGGCUUUGCUUUUAGUGCCUUUUUAUAGCCCAGCUUUUGUGUGCUGUAGAUGUUAAUUUAUGUUUGGGAUUCAUGCUUGUCAGAAUCCGUCAUUCAGUGUCAAAAUAAUCUAGAAUGAUGAAGUGAAGAAUGGCGUUUGUAAACAGGCUGAAAUGUGUGAACAUGUUGGAUGUGAGUGAAAAACAGUAAUAAAUCCCUAUUUCCUAUUUUUA